GUUUAUCUCACUACCGCAACCGCGACGGCUAGAUCCGGAUUGUUCGUUUUAUAAGAUUAAGGCACCUAGAUAUUCAUUAUUAUAAAACUCAUAAGCCUAGCUCUGUCAGCUCCCAUUUUCUUAAAUAUAUUAGUUCACAUUCGACUACUAAUUGCCAUUCUAUCCGUAUCAACAUAGUCAACAUGAAGAUUGAAGGAAGGACAUUUGUCGUCUCUGGCGGAGCAUCGGGUCUUGGGCAGGCGUGUGUAGAGGAGAUCUGUAGGAAUGGGGGUAAUGCUGCUAUCCUAGAUUUGAAUGAAGAAAACGGCAAUAUAGUAGUCAAUAACCUUCCUGGUGGAACGGGGAAGUUCUUCGUCUGCGACGUCCUCGACACUGAGAGUAUUGCAGCAGCCGUCAAGGGAACCAUUGAAUGGGCACAGCAGACAGGGAAACCCUUAGGCGGUGUCAUACCUGCUGCUGGCGUCGGUAACCCAGCCACGAUAUUGGAUCGGGAGGCCAACGCCUUCAGUAUGGACAGUUUUGAUUUCGUCGUCAAUGUCAACUUGCGAGGCACGAUCGACCUGGUACGGCAGUGUCUCGUACAUAUUGCCAAAACCGAGCCCGUGGGAGCCGACAAGGAACGGGGUGUAGUCGUCAUGGUGGCUUCAGUUGCUGCAUUUGACGGGCAGAAAGGGCAAGUGUCGUAUGCAGCCAGUAAAGGUGCAGUUGCAGCCUUGACUCUGCCAAUGGCGAGAGACCUAGCACGCUACGGCAUCCGUUGCGUAACUAUUGCUCCAGGAGUGUUCGAGUCGCGAAUGACGGCUGUGAUGCCCAAGAAGCUAUUCAAGGGCCUAGAAGCAGUCAUGGAAUUUCCGAGACGAGCAGGACAGCCCGAGGAGUUUGCCCAGUUAGCCCGGCACGUCAUCGAGAAUUCCAUGCUGAAUGGUACAGUGAUCAGAUUAGACGGAGGUUUAAGAAUGCCAAGCAAGAUCUAAGAGCAAUACAGCAUUGUCACAAAUAACCAAGUUGCGAGAAUUGGUGCAAAUUUUCUUUUGGUGUCUUUUUUUCUGACUGAAGGAAACUGCAGAGAAACAACAUCCAUAACGAUCUAACGAAAAUGCAACGCAAUAUCCUUUCCUACGUAUCGGGAAA